AUGCUGGUCUACGACAUCGAAAUCACCGUUCUUGAAGCUUUGAAACCGCUCUCGGCACAUUAUAUCACUGAUAGCGGCCUCACCAUAGGCUACAAGGAAACGUCCUUCGCACAAGCGAUUUCCGCUGCCAGUAUAGCCAUCUCUAUAGCCAGAGAAUGUAGUCAGGGUUCUUUGUUGAACUGUGGUUGUGACUCAAGGAAAUACCAAGGGAUGAUGAGGGAAACACCAAAUUGGAAAUGGAACGGAUGUUCUCACAACAUCAAUUAUGGAUCCAAAUUCUCAAGGACGUUUCUAGAUAGGAGAGAGAAGGCUAAAGAUAUUCAUGCUAAUGUUAAUCAUCACAACAAUCGCCUAGGCCUUAUGGUUGUGAAGAAUAAUAUGCGAAUUAAAUGCAAGUGCCAUGGCAUGUCAGGGAGUUGUGAAUUCAAGACAUGUUGGAGAAUAAUCCCAGAUAUGAGAGUUGUGGGCGAUAUUUUGAAUGAAAAAUAUCAAAACGCUAUGCUCUACAGCUUGAACAAUAGAGGUUCUAGAAAAUCAAGAAUUAAAGACGAAAAUCAACUUUUUGAAUCAGCCCAACGUAAAAGAAGACGAAGUAGCUACAAAGACAAGAAAAAACAUCACAACAACAUGAUAUACUACCAAAAAUCGCCGAGCUAUUGUGAAGCUGAUACUUCUGUAGAUUUUCCUGGAACCACUGGAAGAUUUUGCAACAGAACUGGCGAUGGCCCAGACAAUUGUUCAUCUUUGUGCUGUGGUCGUGGUUACAAUUUGUUGAGGAGAGUACAUACUGAACUCUGUAAAUGUAAAUUUCAUUGGUGCUGUGAAGUGCAGUGUCAAAAUUGUACUAUUGAUGAGUGGAUCAGUGUAUGCAAGUAGUCGAAAAAUGUUGAAUUUUUAAGCCAAAGCUGAAAGAGAUGUACCUAAAUACUUUCUUGCCUGAAUAAUUUUUUAGAUUAAAAAAAAGGGACAUGACGAGUAUCAAAAAUUCUUAGUUAUUGAAUAUAUCUCAUAACCGAAUACAUCUAUUAAUCGAUUACAGAAUAUAAAAAACAUAAUCAAUAUUUGUUUCAAAACCUCGCAUCUUUUAAGUACAUAAAUCUCACUUAGUUGACUCAGUUAAAAAUAUUUAUUCUAUAACUACUGUAAUGAAUUGCAUACCUAGAUUUUUUUCAUCUUAAAAAAUGAACAGAACUGAUCCAGAAAAAUUUUACUUAAGGAUUGAUUUUACCGAAUGUACCUAUUUUAUUUAUUCAUUUAAUAUUGUUUUCUCUAACUUAUUUAUGUAUCAGUAUUAAAUCAGAAAUAUGAAGUGAAUAUUUCUUUAUAUUUCGCAACUAUG